UUUUUAAUUCUGCCAAAUUCGACCAAUCUUACAAUUAGGACCGCGUCGCAUCUUUAUUUAUUUGGUUUCACAUCAUCAAAUGUCAACGACUUAGCCUUUUAUUUCUCCAAAGUCUUAAACAUUAGAGAAACAUUUUGAUCCCAUCCAAUUUUAUUAAGCUUCUUUUCUUUCUUUUAUAACAAUUUUCUGAAAACGUUUGAUCGAAACGAUGGAAAAAGGUUUUUCAUUGGUGCCUAAAGAAAAUUUCAGAAAUGAGAAAUCUGCAGAUCAAACGAGUUAUUUAUCAACAGAGAUGAUGAAGAAAGUUAGCUCCAUGGCUGCUCCAAUGGUGGCUGUGGCUGUUUCUCAAUACCUCCUUCAAGUUAUCUCCAUAGUAAUGGCCGGUCACUUGGACGAGAUCUCUCUCUCUGGCGUCGCCAUUGCCACUUCUCUUACCAAUGUCACUGGCUUCAGCCUCCUCUUUGGGUUGGCAGGUGCGUUAGAGACAUUGUGUGGUCAAGCUUUUGGAGCUGAGCAAUUUAGGAAAAUCAGUUCAUAUACAUACGGCUCAAUGCUAUGUCUUGUCUUGUUCUGUCUCCCAAUCUCUCUUCUUUGGGUUUUCAUGGACAAACUCUUGGAACUUUUCCACCAAGAUCCACUCAUCUCUCAGUUAGCUUGUAGAUACUCGAUAUGGCUCAUCCCGGCUCUAUUCGGAUACUCAGUUCUUCAAUCUUUGACUCGUUAUUUCCAGUCACAAGGACUGGUUCUUCCUCUCUUCUUGAGCUCUCUUGGAGCUCUCUGUUUUCACAUUCCCUUUUGCUGGCUUCUUGUCUAUAAACUGAAAUUUGGAAUCGUCGGCGCUGCUCUGUCCAUUGGUCUUUCGUACUGGUUGAACGUGGGUUUGCUUUGGGUUUUCAUGAGAGACUCUUCUCUGCAUCGCGAAACCAAGAAUCUAAGAGGUCAAGAAAUCUUCUUGUGCAUGAAGCAGUUCAUUGCCCUAGCGAUUCCCUCUGCCAUGAUGACUUGCUUGGAAUGGUGGUCUUUUGAGCUUCUUGUACUAAUGUCUGGACUCUUACCGAACUCAAAGCUCGAAACAUCCGUGCUAUCCAUUUGCCUAACAAUGUCGUCUCUGCAUUACGUUCUGGUGAAUGCUAUAGGAGCAUCUGCAAGCACGCAUGUCUCAAACGAGCUAGGAGCUGGAAAUCCAAAGGCAGCUCGAGCCGCGGCUACAUCUGCGGUUUUCCUCGGUGUUAUCGAUGCAACCAUAGUAAGUAUCACCCUCUACACCUACCGAGGAAAUUGGGCUUAUAUAUUCAGCAACGAAAGUGAAGUGGCUCAUUAUGCAACUCAAAUCACACCCAUUUUAUGCCUAUCCAUUGGUGUGGACAGCUUUCUAGCCGUGCUCUCAGGGGUUGCUAGAGGAACAGGAUGGCAACAUAUAGGAGCUUAUGCAAAUAUAGGUUCGUAUUAUCUGGCCGGGAUCCCGUUGGGUUCGUUCUUGUGUUUCGUUGUGAAAUUGAGAGGGAAGGGACUCUGGAUUGGUAUAUUAAUAGGCUCUACUCUACAAACAAUAGUCCUUGCGGUUGUCACUUUCUUCACAAGUUGGGAACAAGAGGCAGCGAAGGCAAGAGACAGAGUAAUCGAGGUGAAACCACAAGACAACCAAGAAUUGCAAAGCAUUUUACAAGAGGAUGUACAAGUUUUGCUAAAGGAUGUUUCAGAAAAUGUGUAAAAUCACUCAACAUAAUGAUAACUACGUGGAGGUCUUAAAUAUAAUUAAUAUAUUGUUCGCAUAUUUUC